AUGGUAGUGGGAAACAUUAGCUUUGUAAAGGAUUUUGUAAUAGUCGGCUUUCCUGGACUUCAGCCUCAUUACUAUGGGCUUGUGUCAGCCCUUUUGUUUUUUGUUUAUGUUUGUACAGUAGCUGGAAAUGCUGUAUUUUUUGUUUUGUUUGUAAUGACUAAGAGCCUACAGAAACCUGUUUAUUAUUGCAUUAUUAAUCUAGUUGUGUGUGAUGUACUAUUCAGCACCACAACAUUACCAAAGAUAAUCAGCAGAUACUGGUUCCAAGAUGGAACCAUUUCAUUCUUGGGUUGUUUUGUUCAGAUGUUCUUUGUGCAUUAUUUAGGCAGUGUUGUUUCUUUUGUUCUGGCUUUAAUGGCUAUAGAUCGCUAUGUAGCAAUUUGUUACCCCCUUCAAUAUCAUAGACUUAUGACAAACCGAAAUGUACUCAAUCUGAUUCUGGGCUGUUGGAUUUUGGGUUCAGCAUGUACCUUAAUGUUAGCCAUUCGAGCUUAUCAUCUCCCUUACUGUGCAGAAAACAGGAUUAUACACUGUUACUGUGAUCAUGUUUCUAUCACAACACUGGCAUGCACUGAUAGAUCACUGUAUAGUGUUCCAGCCCUUAUCAGUGCUCUUGCAGUACUGCUGGGCUCUCUUGCUGUUAUCGUUUAUUCAUACUGUUCAAUUUUUGUGGCAGUUAUGCGAAUUUCAAGCACUCGAGGAAGGAUGAAGACUUUCUCCACCUGCAGUCCUCAACUCAUUAUAAUAGCCCUUUUUUUCCUACCCAGGUGUUUUAUUUAUUUGUCUGGCAACAUUGGUAUAAAGUUCAACACUGAUUUGCGAUUAGUUAUUAUUAUGAUGUAUAGCUUAUUGCCACCCAUGAUCAACCCCCUCAUUUAUUGUUUAAGAACAGAUGAGGUAAAAAAGGUUUUAAGACAAUUCAAAAAGAGGAAAAUUAGCAUUUCCUUACUUUUGCUCUGA